GGAGAGCUCGCAGCGGUGUUGUCGGCUGUCCUCUGAGAGAGAAGGGGGACCAGGCAGGGCGCUGGCUCUUUUUUCCCUCACGGAAAGUCAUGCGGUAGCGUACGAGCCGUUUUGGUGACAGAAACACCCGCGAAAAGGAGAGAAGGAAAGGAGGAGAGGAGGAGAGGAGGACGGCGACGGUACGUUUCACGUUUUGGCGCCCGCUGAACAUGUCAUGGAGGGAGUUCCUCCUUACCAAGGAGCUUCUCUGUGAGCAAACAGCAACUGAGGACGAUGUCGGAGCAGGGUUAUGGAUUGACUCUUUCUGCUGCACCCCCGCUUCGCAGAGGAAGCACCCCGCUACCAAUCAAACACCAGCUAAAGCGGGGAGAGGCUGUCUCAGAGGACUAUGAUUGGACGCCAGGUGUAAAUGAGCCCGCCCCUCCGCCGGUCAGCAGUAGUGACAUCAAGGAUGCACCGCCACCCUCUAAGCCCCCACCGCAGAAGUACCAUGGGCCCCUGAGAAUCGUUCUACUGGGGCAGAAUGGGGUGGGAAAAUCCUCCCUGGCACUCUCUCUUGCUGGGCUGUCUGACAGAUCUCUUUCUGUUGACUCUGAAACCCAAGCAAGUGAUGAGGGGUAUCAGCGGAGAGUGACAAUAGAUGAUGAAGAUAGCUCCAUCUUGGUGUAUGACAACUGGAAGCAGGACCUGUCCACUCUGCAGUGCGAGGUGUGCAUCCUUGUCUUCUCCCUGACAGACAGACGUAGUUUCCACCGCGUGGCUCAACUGCGCCUGUUGCUGAGGGAGAGCCAGCCAAACACUCCCAUCAUCCUUGUGGGCAACAAGAGCGACCUGGUGCGCUCACGAGAGGUCAGCACAGAAGAGGCUCACUCCAGUGCGAUGGUGUUCGACUGCUUGUACCUGGAGCUGUCCGUCUCACUGGACCACCGCACUAAUGACCUCCUGGAGGCGGCGGUCCGGGCUGCCCGGGGCCACAGCCUGGGGCCUGGCUGGACGGAGGGUUCCCCAGGAGCCGGCCGACGUGAGAGCCUGACCAGCAGGGCCAAGCGUUUCCUGUCCGGGCUGGUACCGCGGUCACACCACGGGCGGGACAGGGAGCGGGACAGGGACCGAGAGCGGGACCUCAGCAGACACCGGGCCAGCAGGAUGCUGCGACAAAAAUCCCGUUCCUGCCACGACCUCAGCGCUCUGAUGUGACAUGGAGAGAGGCGAAUAGAAAGAGAGAGAAAGAAACGGGACAAAUGAUAGAAAGGAAGACAGUCACAGAGACAAAACAGCAGGGCUGCUGUUCCCUAACAAAUUUUCACAUCUGUUUUUCUUUGGUUGGUGAUCAGAACUGACCACAUAUGAGGAAGCAAUACUAAGAAAGUUACACUCCUUGACCAGUAUGUAGUAAGUAUGUAGUCGCAGAUUUAUGGCCCAUUCAUUAUACUCAUGCGAAAUUCUAAGGGGAGCAGCCAUUUGAGCUGGUUCUAAUUCUCUCUGAAUACUGCAUGAAAGUGUAGCUUUGCAGACCGUAUGGUCAGAAUUUUGCUCCUCUCAUAGCCUCAGUGCUCUGAUUUAAUGGGAAAGGGAGAAGAAACAAAUGUCUGCAUGUUUUUUCAUUCGGUUGGAACGGACCACAUCUGAGGAAGCAAUACUGAGAAAGUCCUACUUCUGCACCCACAUAGUUUGUAGUCUUUAAAUUAAAG